UAUAAUACAGAAAGACUUUCGAAAGAUGAAGAGUGUAUCCCCGUAGAUUAGAAUUGUCAAAUCAUUUAUUCCAGGAAAGGCCGAUUAUUGAAAGGUGUAUACUUAUACCACGAGUCUUGGAUACAUUUACUGUGAUAUCUUGCAGCGUUAUUCUUUGAUGAUACAGAAUGUCGGUCGACAGUGUUUUUAGGACUCGUUCUCUCGGUGUUGCUGCCGUUGGUCUCCCGGAUCAGUAUGCUGACGGAAAAGCAGCAAAAGUAUGGCAGCUGUACAUCGGAGACACGCGGAGUAGAACGGAAGAAUAUAAAAGUUGGGUGGUGUCUUUGCUGAAAAAGCAGGGUGUACAGAAAAUUCUGGACGUAGCAUGCGGAACAGGAGUUGACUCCAUCAUGCUGGUUGAAGAGGGCUUUAAGCUAGUGAGUGUGGAUGCUAGCGACAAAAUGCUGAAGUAUGCCUUGAAGGAGAGGUGGGAAAGAAGAAAAGAGCGUGCCUUUGACCAAUGGGAGAUUGAGGAGGCAAACUGGCUGACGUUAACAGAAGAUGUUCAGAAACCAGGUGAUGGAUUUGAUGCCGUCAUCUGCUUGGGGAACUCAUUUGCCCACUUGCCAGAUUUCAAAGGGGACCAGAGUGACCAGAAGCUAGCUCUGCAGAACAUAGCCAGUAUGGUUAGACCAGGAGGUAUCUUGAUCAUUGACCACCGCAACUAUGACUACAUCCUGGAAACUGGCCUAGCACCCCAGGGGAAAAAUAUCUACUACAAGAGUGACCUUACUCAGGACAUCUCCACCUCGGUGCUUUGGGUCAACAACAAACCUCACAUGAUUACCCUUGACUACACUGUACAGGUGCCACAUCCAGAACAAAACCAUCCUGAAGUGAGUAAAUUUCGCCUAUCCUACUACCCCCAUCGCCUGGAGAAUUUCAAAGCAAUCCUGAGUGAGGCUUUCCACAACAAGCUGGAGCACAGUGUCUACGGUGACUUCAAGACCUACAUGCCUGGCCAGGCUGAGGCACCCUGCUACUUCAUUCACGUUUGCAAAAAGACAGCUUAGGACACUGACCAUGACUAUUCUGAUCCCUACAGAAUUUAUUUUCUAUGUUGCAUUACUUUCUCAUUUGUGGACUUAAUCUAGUGAAACCCUACAUCCCCCUUUAACCAAAAAAUGCUAUAUAUUUAGGGUCUUUAAUCCUGACUAUGGAAUCAUUGCUGUCUUGUAAAAUAUCCAUAUUAUGAUUAAAACAUGUCACGCAUAUUUUCUGUUUUCCCGUGUGACAAGAAUAUUUGACUAAUUUUAAGUGAUUCUUUGGGAUUGGUUCUAUAUAUCAUCCUCCUGUUCAAACAAUGGUUACCAUAUUUAUUAUAUCAUACUUGAUAAAAAUGAAAGAAUUCCAAGCCUUUUAACCUGUAACUGAUGCUUUUCCCUUUCUGCUAGUUCAAGUGACAUGGUGAAUAGCCUUUUUGUUCCUUUUAUAAUUCUGAACUCAUUUACCCUCCUUACCCUACCGCUACAAUUUUCUUAACAUUCUGUGUGGGAUCGGGGGGUGACCAUUGAGAUUAUUCUUACAUAACAGCCCAUCUCUUAGGAGAUUGGAUAAAGAAAAGCUAUUUGCUAGUUUUUCCUUCUUUGUCUUUCUUUGAACCGGUUUGGCACCCCACCCUGUCCCCAAAUGUCUACUCAUAUUACAGAAUGUAAACUCUAAUCUGAGGCUUUUCUCAGGAAUUUAAUGAUGUGCUUUGAUGUCCUCUGUACAUUUCAAAUGUACAUUGGCUCUAUGGUUUAGUCUGCCUGAUUAUUUUGUAUUUUUCUGUAUUGUUAAGUAAUGCACUAGCACAGGUACCAGUUGUCCCUCAGAAAGUCUGACUUUACUCUGUAUGUGAACCAAAGGCUGUAUCCAUCUGGACUGGAUUAAAUGUCUUGCUAAAAUCA